AUGGUCUACAGCUUCCAGCCAUCUCAAGCGGAUGUUGUCUGCUUCAAGGCCUUGAAAGAGCCCCCCGCCGUCGAGAAGUUCCCCCACGCCUACCGUUGGUACAACCACAUCAAGUCGUACGCGGCUGACUUCUCCACCCUUCCUGGUGACCCAUCCAAGCCAUUCACUACCUAUGGACCAGAGGCUGUUGCCGUAACACAAAACCCUAAGGAUGCGCCCGCCGCGGAGGACGAUGAUGAGGUCGAUCUUUUCGGCUCCGACGAUGAGGAGGAGGACCCCGAAGUCGUUGCAGAGCGUGAGAAGAGAUUGGCCGAGUACAAGAAGAAGAAGGAGGGCAAGGCCAAGCCGGCAGCCAAAUCUGUCGUCACCCUCGAUGUCAAACCUUGGGAUGAUGAGACAAAUAUGGAUGAGUUGGUCCAGAACGUCCUCGCUGUCGAGAUGGACGGUCUCGUCUGGGGUGCUCACAAAUUGGUCGCUGUCGGCUUCGGUAUCAAGAAGAUGCAGAUCAACUUGGUCGUCGAGGAUGAGAAGGUCUCCCUUGACGAGCUGCAGCAGAAGAUUGAGGAGGAUGAGGACCACGUUCAGUCCACCGACGUUGUUGCCAUGCAAAAGUUGUAG